AUGGCUACUACCAUCAUCCAACGUACUCCUGUCGAUAUGCCUGUUCCUAAAUCUAGUGCUGCUCCAAAAUUCACUGGAUCUUACGUCGACGUCAAGAACUUCUUGGAUCACUGCGACCGCAUUUUUGAUCAGUACAAUGUCACUCUCGACAAUGACAAAGUACGAUACAUGGUUCAAUGCUGCAACCAAGAGAGCAGAGAAAUCAUUGAAGGUUUACCCAGCCACCAUGCCAAGCAAUGGGAACGACUCAAGACUGAUAUGCUCAAAAUCUUUGACCAUGCUAGGACGACGCAGAAGUUCACGUUGAGUACUCUUCGUGCUUAUGCUUUCCAACACUCCAAUCUUUCUAUGCGCUCUCUCGACGAUUUCCGCGAGUAUCAGAAGCAAUACAUUCGCAUUGCUGGUUGGCUUCUCAACAACAACAAGAUAUCCAAGACGGAAUACAAUCAAUACUUCUGGCUAGGAAUCAAUGAAUCCCUCCGACCUGCGCUCGAAAGCAAGAUCAUGGUCUUUAAUCCUCAUAUCGAUCUCUCCUCACCUUUUUCCAUUGAAGACGUCACCAAGGCAGUUGAAAUCAUCUUUAAACGAGACCGCUUUGACGUUGGAAUCUUUGACAAUCCUUCUGCACGCCCCUUCACGUCUCUUAUUCCUCCAAAGGAUUCGUAUCCAGAGCGCUCAUCAGUCUUUGACGAGAUCAAGAAGUACUUACAGGAGAUGUUUCCUAACAUUGAGACACGCGAUGCCCGUGAACGUCCAUACAAUCCCCCGGAAGAGACCAAGCGCAUUUUUCAGGAUCUAGACAAGGAAGAGAAGCAAGCGCACAAGGACGACGAAGUGGAGAACUUGAUCAAGCAGAUGUCGAAGCUCACCAUUCAUGAUUCUUCGUACGCCAUUUAUUAUCUUCGCGCCAUCAAGUUGGAACCCGCUCUUGCUAACAUGCUCAUUGCUCCGGCCAUUAUGAAUCCAAGUGCACAGCCAGCUCAGCCAGUCCCAAUCGCAAGUCAGUCAGCACCUCCAGCACCACGAGCACCACGUCAGUCCACAUCCGAGAUCAUCUGCUAUGGUUGCCACCAACAAGGCCAUGGAAUCAACAACUGCCCGACGCUCAUUGAUCUUACAAACCGCAAGCUCAUCUCCAGAGACAGUAGCAAUCGAGUUGUCUUCCCUGAUGGAUCCCGCAUUAUUCGCCAGAAUGGAGAGUCAAUCGCACAAGCAGUCCUUCGUCAACAACAGCCUCCUCCUCCUCCUCCUCCUCAAGUUGCUACCACAAGCAUAGCCGUAUCCGAAGCAUAUUAUGGUCAGAUGUUCAAGAACUACAGAGCCAUGGUUGCAGAAGAAGAAGAGGACGACAUUGGAACCUGGGAUGGAGAAGACGAGUUUGAGUUUACGCUGGCAGGUCCUGGUAAUCAAAUCCCAACUGAAAAGCGAACACGUGCUGCACGCAAACAGGUCAUGGACGCUGUGGUACCUCCGGAACCCGCGUAUCUGAAAGGGAAGCGAGCGGAAAUGAGUAAAGCUAAGGAUUCUUCUCAGAUCCCAUCUAUUCUUAAACGUCCGGCUAACUCUGGAUUGCCGAACAACGUGCCUAGCUCCACUUCCAUUCAACCUGUCCCAAUCCCGUCAAUUAAUCAACCUUCUGCCGAAAUGAAUCCAUCAAUUCCUGUCAAACAAGCUCAACCCAAUGUCCCGAUUAGGGCAAAUCCAACGGAACAUCCCGAGACUGCCCAACGACACGAGGUUUUUGAUCCGGCCGAUGAUGAUCAAAUCAUGGAAGAUGUCACUCCUAGUCUAGAACGAGGCAAAUCAGUUACCAAGCCACGUGCAGCACCUCAGAAACGUGUCUCUGACAUAUCCCAAACUGUCGACACUAUGGCCAUUCUCAGACGAUGCCUUAAUCAACCCGUUAAUGCGACGUUCGGCGAGCUACUUGGAGUUUCAAAGGACCUUAGGACCCUUCUUAUCAACAGCAUCAAAGGCAAGACCCUUACUGUCGACGAAUUCAAAGCUUCAUUGGCAAACGGCAACUUAAAGCUUUCCGAUAAGGAAGUUCUAGACAUCAUUCGCAGUGCCGAAAAGGACGUACCUGUUCAAUACAUGCACGAGACCAAUUCAGUCGAAUCCCUUCGCGCUCACGAGCCCCUUCUUCGAAUCACAUUAAUGUGUAAUGGUCACGAACUCAAUGCCUUGAUUGACAGUGGAUCUACGCAGAACAUUCUAAGCGAACAGGCUUGGAAGAAGAUUGUCAAGUUGCCGAUGGACAGCCGGAAUACUAUUGUUAUGGUCGAUAUUCAUGGCGGCAAAUCCCACAUGCUUGGAUUCGUUGGAAAUGUUCAACUUGAUAUUGGUACAGUCAGGACGCGUGCUCAUUGCUAUGUAUCCGACAAAGUCCAGUUUGAUAUACUCUUGGGACGUCCAUGGACCCGUGACAACUAUGUGGACAUUCUAGAACGACCCGAAGGGACCUUCAUUGCCUUCUAUGACGUCAAAGAUCCUACACGUGAGCAGAAAUUCCUUGUGACACCUGAUACUCAGCACGACCGGCGUUACUUCACGGAUACCAUUUACGACAAGACCCCCCACACAAUGUUAGCACACAACGACCUCUCCUUAGCUAAUCCGGAUGCCGAAGAAGGUGAAAUUGAAGAAGAUCUAGAACCCGGUGAAUUAUUGGACGACCUUCGCUAUCCAUCACCUACCCCUUCCAUGAUCGAGUUAUCUAUCCUUACUAGGCAACAAUCUCUGAAUCGGGACGAAUCUGCUAACCCAAAUGAGGACUUAUCCACUUCACAAGAUGCACCCUCUUUCUCUGACUCCAACUGCGAACAUGACUCGACUCAGGACUCCUCUCACGGUCUCUACGCUUCCGAUUAUGACUCAAUGUAUCAAGAUGACUCGGGAACUUCUCAAUUCAAUGCGACAGCCCAUUAUGGUCAUAUUUCCACACCACCUUACGAUUCCACACAUGAGGCCCCACAAAUAGAACAGCCACCAUCACCAUCUGUCAAUCCGUCCAUCAAAUCCCACACUUCAGACAAUAACGACCCACAUGAAGAAGAACCAGCUGACGACGAUCCAGAAAUGGAACAAUUGAGCUCACCCGAAGUAGAAGCUAUUCAAUUCUCUUCUGACAAUACUCACCUUACGGCUAUGGGAAUGCUCAACCCCCACUUGCGCUUUGAAGACUGGAUUCUAUACGACGCCACUUAUUCUUCUCCUACUCGUGUUGUUUCUGACCGAACAGGAACGGCCUUUGUCCAUUAUGUUUAUCCGCAGAGAGACAGCCAUAUAAACUUGACGACGACUCCAACUAUUCUACACUUCAGUCGCACUGGUAUCUCGUCUCAAUCUAACCACUCUGCUUCAGUCAGUGCUUAUCCAAUGGGCCAAUGUCACUCAGCAUCCUGGACUCAUUUUAUUCCCCAAUCCAUUCGCUCUCAAAACGCUUCUUCUAUUCCCCAACCUCAUUCCCGAAGUUCUGCUCUUCCAGAGACGCCUCUUUCGAUUAUGAUUCACCAAGAAACACAUGUAUCAUCGACGGUCACCGCAAAUGUAGACGAGCAUCAUCGAGGCCCGAAAGCUUUGGUACAUCCUCUGCGGGUAGCCCACGACAGUCCGAAGGAGCCAUUAAACGAGGAUGAAGAAGAGCUACUAAUCGCCCAAAAUGGCAAAGAGGUCGACCACAAUUCUUCCCUUUUACCUCUUCCCAUAACCAGCACAAUGCACGAAUCGCGAGCUUCAAAUAUGGAUGAUGGAAACGAAUGGUACUAUCAGUAUGGAGAAGAAAGUCCCUUUGGUAUCAACAACACGGAAGAACAUCCCUUGGACGCCAACACAUUGUCACCUAUUGCAGAGUUCUUGGAGAAACACGCGCAACCUCCCAAAGGAAUGCUAUACGGAAUCUCUAUCUCCAAUAUACACCACCAUCACGCCUCCAAUACACCUCGAACUCCUACAGAAUCGGGAAGGGCUUCAUCUUAUCCACAAAGAGCGAAAAAUCAAGCUUACGGACAAGAUAAGAAGGACGACCACUCCAUUACCUCUGAUGGGUCAAGACCUACAGAAAUUUCGGAUAGAUCAAAGCAUUUAUGCGAGAUCAUGGUCACUCAAUUCAGAUAUUACUGCUAA